AUGGCGACGCCAACCAGCGUUCUCCUCCGCCGCAGUUACUCUCGGAAAACUCUUCCCUCUUCCACCAGCACAGCCGUCCGUCCUUUCUUUUUGAAAGAAGUUUUUUUACACGAUUGGUGGCUGAUCAAAGUCGAUAAGGAUCCACAAGAAAAACGAUUAGGGAUUGGCGGUUUCACUUGUAGAGAGAGACAAGGGACACGAGUUUUUCACUCUGCUUCAAUAUCCAAAAGACUAGAUGCUGUCACUCUUAAGACGGAAGAUGGAAUAACUAUUACUGUUCAUGGACAUCUGAACACGACUCGCACUAUUGAAAAUGGGUUCCCUCAAGAGGUUUGCAAUCAUUUUGUCAUUGGGUUUCCAUAUUACUGGGAAGAAUUCGCUGGCCUGUCAUUUGAUGAAGAGCCAACCAACCUUUAUUUUUUAAAAGAGAUUUCUGGUUCUGAUGGAAAUAAAACUUCCUUGCAUGAUAGCUCAAAAAGCUCCCUACCUAUGGCCGUAUAUGAUCUUCCAGUUACAGUAAUACGUGAUCUAAAAAUGAUCUCCCCAGGAGAUUGUGGAUGUUCUAUGCUGACACACAAUAUUUUGGACGAUAUACUACAAACAUACAGAGGUAAUGCUGCUGACAAAGCUCAGUUGAAUUAUAAGAACACGGAGACUGAGCAGAAACGGAGAGGCAGCAGUGAUGUGAUAGAUGCGGAACCCAGAACCAAGAGAAAUAAGAGAAAUACUGUUGAUCGUGCUAUGCUUGGUAUAGGUCCUUUGACACGAAGUAGGACUCGUUUGAAACGGUAA